AUGAGAUUCGGAACGAGCCGCGUCUUUACUUCUUCUAAACCCAACUCCAUGACAGCUGUACCCAGUAGGUGGCGCCGAUGGCUGCCGGUGGCGGGCGAGGGCGCUUGGGAGGCCGACGGGCAAAAAGCCCGCAAUGCCGGUGCAAGAGAUCCUUGCAUUAAUCAAGAACACCGUGCCCGGGAAACUCCCGCCCACAAUGUAAACCUAAUUGACGAU